AUGCUGCGCGGCAGCGGGACCCUCCUCAAAAAGGGCUGGACGCACAACCCGGGCCGCACCCGGCGUGGUGGGAAAAAUCUUGCGUGGCGCCCAAAGCUGUCGGAGCGCGUGCUCGACCAGUUUGUGCCCCUCAACCUCGCCUUCCCGCGACGUCACCCGAACGCGUGGCACGAGCUCCAGUUCAACCUGCUGGGGUACACCAAGUGGCCGAAGGAGGUGGGUUUUUACAACGCCGGGGACAACUUUGAACUGACCCCCGAGGCGAUGUUCCGUCUGUAUUUGAAAAAUCGUGACGAGGCCUUCUGGACGCGGCUCCACAAUGAGAAGGUUGUGGUUCAUUUGAUGCCAAAAGUAGAAAGUGACCCAAAACAAUACAUGGAACGCGUAAAUGACAUUUUUCGGCAUCACAUCAAAAGGUUUGGGUCUGACCACUAUAUUUACAAUGCGGUGAUGCAGGCCGCCGCGUUCGCCAAGGAUCUCCCGCGCUGUGAACAGCUGCUAGGAGAAAUGCGAUCUAUUGGACUCGAGCCAAACGCACAGACGUACGUGAACAUGAUGCUGGCCGUGCGGUUAGCUGGUGCACCCCGUGAAAAGGCGGAGGCGUAUUUUAAGGAGGGCGUAAAGACGGAUGCAUUGAGUGCUGUGAUGCGACUUGAUACCGAAUUUCAAAUGUGGAUGGAUCAACUGGAACGGUUAGGCUCCUUCACAGCAAAGUCAGGCUACCUGUCGGUGAACGAGGAGGGAGCAAAGCCGAUGCCGUGCGAUAUGUGGGCGCUCUGGGGAUGGCACCGAAGUGAAGCGAAGUUCAUUAGUAGAAAGCGCAUGAUAGAUGAACAGGUGCGGAAUCGUGUACGUAGCGGCAGGGAACUGGUGGGCACGGUCUAUUCAAAGUCCCGUCGCCAACCAUGGGCAAAGUACAAUGGCAUGUUUCCAUUUGAUUACAAUGGUCCAGCGCGUCGUCGUGGCGUAGCUUUCGAAGACGCUCCUGCACCCCAACAUAACAAGGAGGUGUGCGAAACAGCCUUUUAG